GUCUCCUCCCGGAAGCGGCUCAGACAGACCUUGCUUUCGACGCCAGGAUCCCUCUCCUCCCUGAAGCACAGCUCCGGCCUUUCCUGCGCCGUACGGAGGGGACAAGCUUCAACUAUGGCGGCGCCCAUGCUUCAACCCGUGGGCGCCGCCAUGUUCUGUGCUCAAUUUGAAGGCAUUGGGUGGCGUCAAUGGGGACGCAGCGCAUGCGCGGCCCCAACAGCAUCUUGAGAAGUCUUUAGAAUCAGGCCGGAAGUGAAAGUGGUCCUCGGAGGCUUUCGGCGCUUUUAUUAGGAGCAUUUCCGUAUUUUCAUGUCAAUCAGUCUGAGGAGAUCGUGGUCGAUCCAGACUGGAGAUAGAGGCAGCAUUGUUGGGGAAGAUAGUGUAGUUAGUGAUGGGUUCUGGGCCCAGUGAUGGGAUGUCUCUGUUGUGUUAAUUGUGGUCCAAGACAAGAGGCUUACCUAUCAAUGUGACGAAUAUUGGGAUUUUUUUGUUUUGGGUGAGAGGGAGGGGGCUGUCAGCUGGAAAUCUGUGGUCAGUGACUGAGGUCUGUGCCUCCAGCUGUGUGGGUCUGUAGGUACGCUUGCUUCCUAACGUGAGAUGAGAGUUCAGCUCAUUGAGUUUUAGCCUUCAUUAAUCUGGAGAUCCCCAUCCCUUGGGAUCAGUGUCCUUCAUGGAUGUGACAAUAGACUUCAGCAGAGAGGAAUGGUAACACCUGGACCCUGACCAGAGAACCCUGUUCCAGGAUGUGAUGGAAGAGUCCUACAGCCACCUGUUCUGUGUAGGAGAAUUGAGCAGAUUGGUGACCAGAAAAUGAGCUCUCAGCAAACAGGAAGUAAGUCAUCAAGUGACAUUGCUUUCAUCAGGGAGAUACUGGCUACAAAAAGUCAUUAUAAGGACAUUAGAAAAAUGAUUCAAGUGAGCCCAAACAUUGCUUUGCCUCCUAAAAGACCCCGUCACAGUGACUCAUCUGGGGAUUGUCUGAAGUAUGAUUUAGAUUUACAUAGUCUUACUAGAAGUAAUACAUCAAAGAGCAUUAAGAAGAUCAAUGAAUAUGGUAAAAUUCCUCCCCAUACUGAUUAUGAGCACACUUUCACAGGAGGGAAAUUAUGGGAACAUAAUCAGUGUGGGAAAGUCUUCAGUUAUAAACAAGCACCCUAUCAAUAUCAGAAAAUUCACACUGGGGAGAAAGCCUAUGAUUGUGCUGAGUUUAGAACAAUCUUCACCCAGAAAUCACGACUCAGGAUACAUCUGAAAUCUCAUCUAGGAGAGAAAUUCUAUGUAUGUAUUGAAUGUGGGAAGGCUUUUGCCCAGAAACCAGAACUCAUUACACAUCAAAAAGCCCAUAUGAGGGAGAAGCCCUAUAAAUGCAAUGAGUGUGGAAAAUCAUUUUUUCAAGCAUCUUCUCUCUUCAGACAUCAGAGGAUUCAUACUGGAGAAAAGCUCUACAAAUGCCAGGAAUGUGGGAAACUCUUCUCAUAUAACUCAGAACUCAGUAUACAUCAGAAGAUUCAUACAGGAGAGAGACACCAUGAGUGCAGUGACUGUGGCAAAGCAUUCACACAAAAGUCCACCCUCAAGAUGCACCAGAAAAUCCAUACACAUGAGCGGUCCUACAUAUGUGUUGAAUGUGGACGAGCCUUCAUCCAGAAGACACACUUAGUUGCACACCGAAGAUGUCACACUAGAGAAAAGUCAUACAAAUGCAACGACUGUGGGAAAUCCUUUCCUUCCAAGUCACAACUCCAGGUACAUCAGCAAAUUCAAAGAGUGAGGCCCUAUGUGUGUAAUGAGUAUGGGAAGGUCUUUGGCAAUAGUUCCAACCUCAUUACAUUUAAGAAAGUUCAAAUUAGAGAGAUUGUCAUAUGCACUGAAUGUAGUAAGGCCUUUACCUACAAGUCGGAGUUAAUUAUACACCAGAGAAUUCACACUGGAGAGAAAUCAUAUGGGUGCAAUACCUGUGGAAAAGCCUUUACUCAGAAGUCAGCCCUCACAGUGCAUCAAAGGAUUCACACAGGGGAGAAAUCCUAUGUGUGCACGAAGUAUGGGCUGGCCUUCACUCAGAAGUCACACCUUAAUAUACAACAGAAAAUUCAUACCAGGGAGAGACAGUAUCAAUGCCAUGAAUGUGGGAAAGCCUUCAACCAGAGAUCUAUACUCAUUGUGCACCAGAAAAUCCAUACAGGAGAGAACCCCAAUAUAUGUACUGAAUGUGGAAGAGCCUUCAUCUAAAAGUCAAACUCAUCCAAGAAUUCAUACUGUAGAGAAACCUUAUGAAUGCAGUGAUUGAUGAAAGUCCUUUACCUACAAGUCUCCACUCCUGGGGCACCAACCAGCCCACACAGAUGAAAAACCCUACAUAUGCGUCGAGUGUGGGAAAGCCUUCAGUGGCAGAUCAAACCACAGCACCAAAAAAUGAAUACUAGCGAGAAGCCUUACAUCUGUUCUGAAUGUGGGAAGACCUUCAGGUAGAACUCAGAGUUGAUUAUACAUCAUAGAAUCCACACUGGAGAGAAGCCUUAUGAAUGUGGUGAUUGUGGGAAAUCACUCACUAAGAAAUCACAGCUUCAGGUGCAUCAGUGAAUUCACACUGGAGAAAAGCCUUAUGUUUGUGCCAAGUGUGGGAAGGCCUUCACUGAUAGGUCAAAUUUGAAUAAACACCAGACAACACAUACUGGAGACAAGCCUCAUAAGUGUGUAAUCUGUGGGAAAGGCUUUGUUCAGAAAUCAUUGCUCACUAUGCUUCAGAGUAUUCACACUUAAAAGAAAUAGUAUGAGGAAAAAACUCACUGAAGACAUGUCUUACUAUACAUUGACUCUAUGCAAGAGAAGAAUAUGUGUAUGAUUGUAAGUGGAAAUUCUCACCUGAGAAUACCUCACCUUCUCAGAAAAGGGCGUCUGAGAAAGUAUUGGAUGAGGAAGAGGGAGGCCCUUUCUACACUGUCAGCAUCCUUUGACCCUGGAGCAUAGAGGCUGAGAAGGGACCAAGUCAAUUUAAUGCAGUAGAAGCUUUGUCAUGAAAAAUAGGAUGGAGUGCUGUUACCAACUUCCUCACAGGAAGAAAUGUGUUAAUUCAUGUUAAUAAGAGUCCUGUUGGUGGAAUAAGUUAUAGUGCCAACAAAUUGAAAUGGUAGUUUGUUUGUUGCAGAACACCAUUGGCCAACAGAGUUUUGUGUGUUUUCA